CCUCCCUCUCCCUCUCGGUGAGUCAGUCCUGAUUUGGUUGCGUUUUCCUCUCUGCACUUCCCUUUCUUGCCUUGGUGGCGUUUGGAGCUGCCUGUGCCUUUGGAGCACACUUGCAUGUCUAACCGCCGAAUUGUGUGUGUGUGUGUGUGUGUGUGUGUGUGUGCGCGCGCGCGCAACAGAGGGAACUGCCACCUGCGCGUUCUGAAAGGCAGCACAACUCUGACUUUUGCCCCAUCACUACUGCAAUACGUCGUCGCAUUGCUGACUCGUCGCUUUUUAGAGUCACCACCUCGAUCUAAACCUUGUCCGACUCUUUUUUCCAAGCGUCGCAGAUCCGACUUUGAUCUGAUUCUCGCCCGAGAGAAGCGGUGUGAAUAUCACCGGGUCUGCGCGGCCCUCAACAAUUGCGGAACCUCAAACUACCUCUACAACACACCUCGCUCAACCCCGUGUGAGUAGUGCACAUAAUGGCACAACACGGCUUCGGCCAGUUCAAUGGUGGCCACGGCGGUGGAAGCAUCGACCCCAACGACCUGGCCAUGGGAGGAAACUAUGGAUCAUCCUAUUCGAACAACUACAACUCGAACUCUGCAAGCAACUCGAACGGCUUCUCGAGUGGCUCCGCUCUCUUUGGCGACGACGAGCUCCUUGAUGGUCUUGGAAGCCCGACCGAGGCUCCGCCUGGUAUGCAUGGCCAUGGCCAUGACUUCGGUGGCGGCGGCGGUGGUGGUGGUGGUGGUGGUGGGAUGUCAGACAUGGGCAUGGGCUUCAACCAGACAAUUUACGGUUCCCACC